CGUUCGUGAACCAUCGUAGCCGGUAUCGAUUUGUCUGAUUCUCGCCUGCUGAUUCUCAUCUGGCUGCUAGGCGCUCUCGAUUUGAGCGCCUGUACCGACGCGGCUACCACGCGCGGUACCGUUAUGACGGAUUCGCGCGUCGCUGCAUAUUGUACGCGGUUCGGCGAUUUGUGUGGCAGUUUCUCACAUGCAACGAUUUUUCCGAGUAAUGGCGCGUAGGGUUGCUAACGAGUAAGUCCAGCUGAUCACUGAACGGUGGACAACAUGGUAGUUCGCAGUGACCGCGCACAGGGAGACGAUACGUUUCUGCAUACGUGAGCCGUGACCGGCUGGAGGCGGACGAGCGGGUGGGCAGGCAGGACGGUGGGACGGGGAGGUUUAGGCUACGAUGAGUACUGACAGUCAUGAUGAGACGAAAUCCUGCAAAACAUCCGCGAGGAGCGAAGAAGAGAACGCGUUUGAUGUUAAACGAAUUAAAAAGGAGCGCAAUGACAUUUGUGUGGAAAAUGGUGACACUGCUAGCAUUACCGCCACCACCUCUACCUCCUCAGUCACCGUUGCUACUGCUGCCACCACCGUCCUCGAGAAACGACAGCCACCGGCCGGCAGAUUCGCCUCGAAUGGUUUUCACGGAGAUGGCGAUCAGCUGCAGGACUUGGUUGCAACCAAAUUCGCUACUUUGGCCAACCAUGGUGCUUCUUCCAAGCAAGACAAGAUUCGGAUUAUGAUAGAGGAUGGCAUUAGCGAAGAAUCUAGAGCGCUUGUGGAUAAAAUCUUCUCGCAGGUGGAACAACUUAAGAUAGAAGAAAAGUUAUUGUUGUACCUGAAACUUCCGUUAUUGCUGACAAAUCCAAGUGGGACCGUCGAUCCAUUAAGGCAACCACUAAAUCCAUUAGGAAAUCGUUACGAAAUUCAUCAGACCAUUAUGUGGAUUAAGACUCAUUUAGAAGAAGACCCGGAUGUAUCUUUACCGAAACAAGAAGUAUAUGAUGAAUACAACAUGUAUUGUAUAAGAAAUUCUAUGAAGCCGUUAUCGACGGCUGAUUUUGGAAAAGUCAUGAAACAAGUAUAUCCACGAGUGCGCCCUCGUAGGCUCGGCACACGAGGCAACUCUCGUUACUGUUAUGCUGGUAUGCGCAAGCGAAUUAAAUUGGAUCCUCCAACACUGCCAAAGAUAUCUGGCUCUCAAACUGAGGAACAUUUAGAGGAAAAUAUUACGGAAGAAAUGCUAGGCGCUGCAUCUACAUUGAUAAGAGAAUGGGCAGAGAAAAUGUUGGGCCCGAAAUUUCCAAAUUUGAGUGCCUUAGCGCGGCAUCUUGUUGAUAAUUUUUGUGUUGAUACUCGGUCUUUAGCUGCUGUGUGCAUUCUUUCAGCUUCAGAUCAGCGUGAUACUUCAUUUAAUAAAGAGGUGAUUUCGGAUCUACCAACACCACCCGUAAGUGGUAAAUCCGUUAAGCUUCGAGAAGCUCAGUUACAAUUGCAGCGCAAACUUCAACAACGCGAGUAUAUAAAAGAUCAGAAGCAUCGUUGUCCUGAUUCUAUUGUACAGAGCAAAGAAAAAUCCAUUGAUAGUAAGGGAAAUAUCAAUAAAGGAUGCAAAAAGAUUAAAUCCAAUCAGUCACCUCAAGGUACAAAUGCAGCAGCAACAACAAUAGUUGCACAAAACUCAUUAACAAAAUUGAACUUAUCUGCUGUAGUUUAUAACCGGCAGAAAAAGGUAUCGAAAACUUACAAUCAACAGCAACAGCAGCAACAACCUUGUAAUGUCUCUCAAGAGUCUAACUGUGAUAAUCUAGUGGUACAAUCGCGCAAUGACAGACAGAAUAAUAGCAACCCUAGAAUAAUGUUGAAUGCGCAGCGCGAUGUCAAAGGUAAAAAUGCCAGGAAACGUGCCAAUAAUCCAAUUGUAGCACAACAGGAGCCCAGCCCUGAGAAACAGACGAAGCUCGCAGAGGAGAGUCCAGAGCAUUCCAACGCUUUGUUACCCAAGUUAGCUUCUAUCCAACGUGGCGGCAAGAUAUCAGUAAUACUAGCUAGCUCAAAAUCUAUCAAAUAUAAAGCAGUUGAGACUGCGGAUAGUCAACUUGUUAAAAACUGUGAUAUUGACUCGUCGAAGAGUUGUUCCACUACUGGUAACAUAGUGGAAACAUCUUCGGGACUCCUUACGAGGGACCAGAUUCGCCUCUUGCAAGAUACACCGGUCUUCAAAGAUGGAAAGGUUCGUGAUAUCGACACGGACGCUUUGGAUGAUUAUCUAAACGGUGGAAACAAUUCGCAGGAGCAAGAGGAGGAGUUGCUACAGUAUUUUCAACAAAGUAGUUCAUCUAGUUCUGAUGUGGAAACUAGCGUCGUUGGUUCCGAUACCGAGCAGAUCUCUCGAUCAGACAAAGUGUCGCAGCUGCGAUUGAUAUUGCAACAGAAUUUGAAAGCACCCGUUAUUGCCACCGAUCUGAUGCCCGUAACCAUCGUUCGACAAAGCGUUGCUGUGGAAAAACGGGAGCCUGCACAGAAACAUAAUCUCAUACUCCCAACACUUCUAAAUCAUCCUAAUCCGAGUAGCACUCGACGUCGUGUUAGUUUCGAAACUAAUGUCGUCGAGCAUGUCCAAGAGACGACAACGCCCAGUGUAGCCAAUACUGUGCCACAGAGUCCAAAUACGCGACGCAGAAUAUUUAACUUCACGCCGAUCUCACCCGGACCGCAUUCUCCCAUUAAUGGCCGCGCGUCUAAGUCAAAUUCGGCAAACGCAAGCCCGUUCGUAUCUCCGCGUAACACCCCGGUGCCGAGAUCACGUAGUAACUUGCAAGCCGGCAGUUCCAGAUCGCGUGGCCAAAAGACGCUCUCUCGUUCCAUCUCGUGCAGUGUACCGUACACCAUUAAAACUACGGACACCUUUAUCGUACCAACAUCGAGCGGAGCGGAACACUCGCGGCAAGUGCUGACAGUGGCAACGAACAAGUCAUCGGAGGUCGUUCUGAAGGGACCACCAUGCACUGCAUUUCUGGACUUGACGCCUCAGAAACAAUUACUAAUUAAUUAUCCAAGUCAAGAAAAUUUACAAGAGGUCAAGAAUGUAUAUCAGAAGGGUCAACCACCUCCACCCGAUCAAGAAAUUACGGAACUUCUUCACGCUAGCAGACACUUGAGCAAUGAGCAAUUAUUCUAUAGAUCACAAUCAGUGCCGUUACAUAGGAUGGUAAAUCCCGUGUCUUUAAUGUCUCCGAUUUCUACUCAACAAUGCCUAUCAUCAGUGCAAAAUCAAAGCUUCAAUCCAUCAACAAGCAGUUCCAUUGCGCCUACCCCAGUACCGAGCGAAUAUAAUGAUUUUGGUUCUUCUAUCGGACAAGAGGGCACAUAUUUGUUGGAUGACACAAACUUUAUGUCAGACGAGCAGCAGUUUUUGAUAACGGACAAAGGGAUCGCAUCUGAGAAUAUUAAUAAUAUUUUUACGAUCUUGGAUGAGGAAGGUCAACCAAAUUUGCAAAUACUAUCUGAACAGACUGCAGAAGAAACAUUGAACAACACAAUUGUUCUUGACGCUUUGCCGAAUGCCAAUUUAAAUUUGUCGGAAGAAGAUAUGUUGGAUACGUCGAGCAUUCUCACUGAUGCCGGUGGCACGUUACAGAAAAUAAUGCAAUCACGAUCAUAUCCGAACACGCCAUUGCCAGCGCCAGUAUCUGCAUACACAUCUUCGUAUACAGAGGACAGUAAUGGUUCCAGAUCGUACCCAUCGACACCUUUGCACACAAUGCAAUCCCAAGAAGUGUACCAGGAUCCAGGCGAGCCGAUAUUAUCCAGUCCUAUUCUUAAUUCUCUUAGUUUACAGGGUGACGUGACAAACGUCGCUGUCGCCUCCGUAACUGGCGUCACAGCUGGCACUGAUGUUGUUGCCGUUGCAGCCGCUUCUUCCAAUAGUCUCUGCAGGAACGUCGUUGAUCUUCUGGGGGCUAGUUUUCUCGAAGAAGCCGACACGGAGACGGAUGAUCUGGAUCCUCUUGGCAAUUUUGGCCUGCAAGAUAUGGAUUCGUUAACGCCGCUGUUCAACGAAGUCACGGAGCCUAAUCGCUGAGACCAUUAUCUGUUCGGUCUAUCAUAAUUUCGCAUUUGUACAGGGAGAGGUGCGAUAAAGUAUAGACUGGGUCCCAUGGUUCUCAAUCGUAUUAUUUCAUAGAUCAUUUUAGAGUAAACGAAAGACGGUUAAA